CUUAUAUGGACGAUGCCAAGUGAUGUGCUCUUGGAUUAAUUUAAUGAGAAAAUGUUCAUCAGUUCGUACAAAUUAAAGAGUUGGCUGAAUUGGCCCCCAGUGUGUGCGCACCUUUGCACUUUUGCAGUGGCUUUCAGUUUAAGCAGCACAUGGCGGGUACCCCGGGACGCGUUUCGUUAUGGCGGCCUCAUGUACGCCUUGAUCCUGACUAUUGCUCUUGUGGUGGUAGCUCUUCCUACCACCUUGCUGCAGCUGGCCAUUGGACAACUCAGCCAGCAAGAUGCUGUCGGUGUUUGGAGAGCUGUACCUUUCUUUAAAGGCAUAGGAUACGUCAGAUUGUUGAUAUCAAUGCUUGCACUGGUGUACACGAGCGUGUAUGUAGCACUCACAUUUACGUACCUUUUGUACACUAUUAGCAACUCAAUACCUUUUUGGGAAUGUCAAUACAUUGUUAUACCUGAUGACGAUGAAACUUACAUAUCAAAUGCGGCGACUUGUUUUAAUGAAACUUUUCUGGCACCGGUUAGUGAAAAACCUGAGUACUACGUAGCGCUGUGUUUGGUCAUCAUCGUUCUAUUAACACUGCUGCCUUUUGUAUUAUUCGGACCAUUUAAAUUUAUGAAGCGUAUAUUUUAUGUCCUGGGACCUGUUAUGUUCGUGCUUGGCAUCGUUAUUAUAUCUAGCAUUGGAGAUGGCAAAGGAUUGACUACAUUUUACAACAGUAGCCACGUACAGAAUAUAGUAAACUCGAGCAUAUGGCACGCUGCUUUGAUACAAGCUCUGAUGUCAUCUCAGACCGCCAACGGAUAUCUCAUAUUAGCUGGAGACUCUAUCUAUGCGAAUACGAAUAUUUAUUGGACAUCCCUAAUAUUUAUUGGAACGAACGUCGCAGCGUGUUGGUUCGGUUUGACCUUCUGGCAUGGCCUCAGCUGGGAAGCAGAUCGUGAUACCAGUCCAGUAGCUGUCCUCGUGGAGACGUACAAGGCAGCGGUCGGGAGAGAACUGAACACCGCCUGGCCGAUUCUUAUCUUCAUUCUAUUGUUACUUUCGGGAACUGUCACUAUGCUUACUCUGCUAUAUCCUGUCUUCAACCAUUGCCGUCGCUUCGGUGGUCCUAAGUGGAGAUACAUUGCUAUUGUGUGCUGCUUGGCAAGCGUAGGCGGGGCAUUGGCGGCCUUAGCAGGAGGUCUAACUGCCUUAAGUGCUAUAGAAGACAUCAUAGUACCUUUGUUGAUCAGUAUUGCUACCGUAGCCGAAGUGUUGGCAUUUCUUUUAAUAUAUGGUCGAAAAUCGUUGGUGGAAGAUGUGGAGUUUUUAAACGGCCAACCUUUGGCAAACUAUUGGGUUAUUGGAUGGUUUUUGGCGCCUUGUAUAGUAUUAGCGUUAACAUUAUGGUGGGCAGUCACUUGGUUGAUUGAUGAUACGAAAUGGAACGAGAGUCCUUGGGAAGCAAUUCUGAUAGUAGUAACAUUUGGUGUAGCUGUCAUGAUGUUCGUCAUCUUUGGAGCGUUCUCGGUGGCGAAGCAAAUGCAAUACGACACACUAUCGAAGCUGCAAGCGUCUUUUAGACCGUCAAGACACUGGGGCCCGAGGGACCCUAUAGCUCACUACUAUUGGUUGGCACGUCGAGAAGAAUCCGAGAGAAAUUUACCAAGAACUAGUUACAGACGACAGCUUGGACAAUUAUCUGGCAACGCAAGUUUUGCUCACAUCUCAAGUACUUUCUCAUCAAAAACCUCAUUGGAAAAUAAAAAGCGGUCAAACUCCGACGAUUGGAUGUACACAGAGUAUAGAAGGAAAUAUUUAGAACAAAUGUUUCCAGAAAUUCUCCAGCAAAACAAGAAGAGAUCUAUGUCAUUAGACUAUACUACGGAUACGAAAACGAACUUCGUUAUUACAGACACAAAUAAAACUCGACAAGUAACUAAUAUUAUACCAGAACUGAAUAAUAACAUAAAUGUACCGUGUUUCCUCGUCGCAAAAUGUCCGCUGCGACCUCCAAAAGUUGUAGGAAACGAAUCAGUGUUCACCGCUGUCGCUUACGUGCUGUACCGAGGUGACCUCUCUUUAGGAAGAUGUGCGUCGUUACACGGCGAUGGCUCCUAA